UGCAGUCAUGGCGCUUGAAUAAGUCCCACUUUGGGCUCAGGAGGGGCCAUUGUGUUCAGGGCGAUCCUUACAUCCCGCCAUGGCCAGAAAAGCCUCCUUCGCUCUGGCGUUCCUUAUAGUACUACGGCGACUGCAACCGCAUCUCCGGAAAAUCCGCACGGACCUCCGACAGUGUAUGUUUGUGUGGUUGUUGCUGUGUUCUUCUGAAGCAGACAGGGAAUGUGAAUCAGAGCAACAUGGAAGCGGUCAUGGACGGCAUGGUGAAGCGGAACUGGAAGGUGGACGGGGUUCCGACCUCCCUGUGUGAGUUGGGAUAUUGCGACUUGGGCCUGGACGACAGUUGGCAGGACUGCAGCAGUCGCAGAGUGUAUAGCUACCACGACGACCACGGGAGACCUCUAGUGAACUUGAACAAGUUUCCUGCCAUGGGCGGGAUGGUCUACCGAGCGCAUCGUCUUGGGUUGACGGCAGGCUGGUAUGCAAACAAUUGCAUAUGCCCUGAGGGAAAGGAGGCGACCACGGCCGUGUACAAGAGGGACGUGGAGGCACUGGUGGCCUUCGAGUUCGACUCCCUGAAGGUGGACAGGUGCGGCUCGAUGCAGGACCUGAACCUCUGGGUCAGCACCCUGCUGACGACGGUGGCGUGGGCCCGGGCAGGCCUGUCGCGGCCUGGCUGCUGGGCGCACCCCGACGUGCUGCAGGUCGGUGGCAAGCAGGGGCCUGGCGGCCCCGGCGACCCUGGCUUGAGCUUCAAGGAGGCCCGCUCGCACUUCGGCGCCUGGUGCAUAGUGUCGUCGCCGCUGAUCCUCUCGCACGACGUGAACAACGACUCGGUGAUGGAGGAGAUCUGGCCCAUCAUCUCCAACAAGGAGGCCAUCGCUGUGAACCAUGCGUGGGCAGGCCACAGCGGAAGCCCCUUCAAGCACUCGGCCACCAACAUCACGCUGCCUGGCUUCGUCGACCAGACCGAUGAGCCCAUCAUUGGCGACAGCGACGCGGCAAAGCGCCAGGAGUCGCCGCUGCCGAGCUGGCACUUCUUCCACAAGCCGCUGGGCUCGGGGAGGGUCGCGGUCCUGCUGAUGAGCCACACGGAGGAGGAGCAGUCCCUGACGGUGUCCUUCGCCGAGGUGCCCGGCCUGUCCUGCUCCCGCUGCAUCGUGCGCGACGUUUGGCAGCGCAGGGACCUUGGCGUGCACAUCGAACGGUACGCGGCCAAAGGCCUCACGGGCCGCGACUCCGCGUUCCUGAUCCUGUCGCCAGAGCCCCGCGCCUCCCGCCAGGCCUUCGCCGAGCUCCUCCGCGGGGCGGGGAAGCUCAGGGUCUGAACGUGCAGCGCGGCUCGACCUGUGCUGCUGCGCCUGGCUCCACCAGGCACGUCGUGGCACCACGGCUUGCCAGCCCGCUGCAGCGCCAGGCACAGAUGCACGGAGCUGGUCGGGCG